UUUGAUGUUUUCAGGUUGAUUUUCAGUCUGGGAUCGGCGAUGAGAGGCCAAACAAGGGCUGAGAAACAGCUAUAAGAAUGUCCUGUUGUCCACAACCAAGCCAACAAUUCUCAUCAUCAACACAUCGACCACUCUCAAGCAACAGCUAUCACCAAGACCUCCUAUUCUUUACCAGUUUCACCACAUACUUCCUUCAAAAUGACCGAUGCUCAGGUUGCCGGCGGCCACAAGGCUACUAUCAACAACCCCAACACCUCCGAGGAGGCCAAGGAGCACUCACGUCAGGUUCUCGAGAACGAGUUCAACGGUGGUGAGGUUACUGGUGCUGAGGACAACAAGGACAAGAACCCUGGCAAUGUUGCUGGCGGUCUCAAGGCUACCCUGAACAACCCCAACGUCUCCGAUGAGGCCAAGAAGAAUGCCAAGGAGCGUCUUGACAAGGAGGAUUUCUAAAAACUCCGAGGCUGCCCAUGCCUAGCAAGCGACCUUGAUACCUACACGAAUGUUUGGAAGGCCUUGGAAUUUACCAGCGGCAUCACUUACAUAUGAACAAUUGAAAUUGUCAACAGAUUGGCCCCCUUUGUGAAUAGAUUGUGUAGCAAAGUCAAACCAUA